CGGUGCGUGGAGCUUGAGGUUUUGGAGCACCUGCACAGUUUGAGAGACGUGGAAGUUAAUAACUGAUUGACUGCUCUUGGGGAAACUGACCGUCAAAAUGUCGACAGGUGAAAGUGCACGAAAAUAUGACAUUGUAAUCUUCGGUGCCACCGGGUUUACUGGUCAGUUUGUGGUAGACGAAGUGGCCCGAAUAGCUGAAGAAGAGGGGGUGACAUGGGCGGUAGCGGGGAGGAAGAUGGACAGACUACAGAAAGUCCUGGAACAGUCCGGGCAGAGAACAGGAAAGACUUUGGAGGACACGCCCAUCAUUAUAGCUGACUCGAGUGCGGAGCAGUCAAUCUUGGACAUGUGUAAACAGGCCAGAGUCGUGCUGAACUGCGUGGGACCGUACCGUUUCCAUGGCAACCAGGUGGUGAGAGCUUGUAUCGAGGGAGGAGCAAGCCACAUUGACAUAAGUGGAGAACCCCAGUUCCUUGAGAACAUGCAGCUGUUGUACAACACCAAGGCUAAGGAGGCCGGCAUCUACAUCGUGGGCAGCUGUGGUUUCGACAGCAUCCCUGCAGACCUAGGCAUUGUCUUCCUGAAAUCUAAGUUUCAGGGUGAUUUGAAUUCUGUGGAGUGUUAUGUCAGCUUGAAAUCAGGACCAGAGGGAGCUGCAAUUAACUAUGCGACUUACGAGUCCGCCGUCCAUGGCUUUGCACACCAAGGGGAGCUGCCUGACAUCAGGAAGCAACUGUUUCCCAGCCCCUUGCCACGCAGUAAACACAAGGCCCCAAGAAGGUCAGAAACCAUGGCAACAACUGCCAUACAUCGAGGCUUCACUGUACUUGGGAGUGAUAAGUCAGUUGUAACCAGAACACAAAGAUACAAUUACGAUGUGAAAAAGUCACGCCCAAUUCAGUUCUCCCCGUAUCUGUGUAUUGACAGCUUCCUGUACAUGGUCCUCAUGGUUGUGUUUGGAACUCUCUUCGGACUCUUCGCCAAGUUUAGUAUAACUCGUAGCAUCCUCCUGCAGUUCCCAGGCUUGUUCACUGUUGGCCUGGUGAAGAAAGGUGGGCCCAGCAAGAAACAGAUUGAAGGAACAUCUUUCUCCAUGACAUUCUUUGGCGAGGGAUACAGUGACAAGCUGGAUGACCCAGAGGCACAGCAUGAGACCCCUCCAGACAAGAAAAUACAGACCAAGGUCAUUGGACCAGAGCCUGGCUAUGUGACCACCCCAAUCUGCAUGGUACAAUCUGGACUCAUGAUCCUCAAGGAAAAGUCCAAGCUUCCCUCUGAUGGUGGUGUCUACACACCUGGUGCUGCUUUUGGUGAGACGAGUCUGAUCACGAGACUGGAUAAAAGAAACGUGAAGUUCCAAGUGUUGGAGUCGUAAUGUGACAGACAAAAGACAUCCUUUGAUGAUCAGGCCUUCUUGUCUACAUGUUGGAACGAGGAACAUAGACACCUUACCAAAUAUUCAGCAGUAAACCUUGUUAUAUAUUUAACUGUGUUUACAAAAGCAGGGACGAUAAUUGAGCAGACGUCAUAUCAUGUCAGAUUUGUUUUUGAAUUUACAAACAACAGGAACUGACAAUGAUGAGUUUCUGUCAAAUCUUGGCAUAAAAAAGCUCCAGGGAUGAUCAGUAAGUUAGUGAGGAACUUAACAAAAACAUUCAUCAGCAGUGCUCUUUGAUUAGAUCAGAUUAGACAUGAUACAUAAUAUCCAACAUCACCAUUUUUGACUGAUUGUUUUCACAGACAAAUCAUACUUAAUGAGAUAUAUUUUGAUCAUACCAACAAAUUUGUAUUUAUAUUACACUUAACCCACUGUGUGGCAUAUAUUUCUGGCCACCCCAGUUCCACCUCAAACAGCAUUUAUACAUGUGAAGGCCUGAUACAGGGAAUCUUUCACUGAAGCAUUAUAUGAAGUGUCUUUCAACUUGAGGCCCAUGAGAGCGGGUGAUAUCAGUGCUGCCGAUAGUCCUCCUGGACCGUCCUGUUACGUGUUGUUCUAGUUUUGUAGUUGCUUGCCAUAUACUUAUAGCAAUAAGUAGUUAGCUUCAUGAUAGAUGAGCUUGAUCAAUUCAGUCUUUAAGAUUUGGGUAUUGUUUGAAAUGCCAUACCGAUUCAGCUCAUUGUUAUACAUUGUACCCAACUGAUGCGACUAUAUGAGUUCUGUUUAUACAUUACAAUCAAAGUCUGCACAUGGAAGACAGAUGUCAUGGUGUGAUAAGGAUUUGUUAAAAGCUGUGUUCAGGUGGUUUUCAACCUAUUCCAUAACAUCAGAAGAUUUUUGUGCAUGUGGUCACAUUGUAUUAGAAGACUCCCUCUAUGUCAGCCACAAGUGACUCAGUCUCUCUACUGUUAUAUGCAUCAUGUGGGCUAGAGAUUCUUGCUAGUAAGGGUACUCAUAUAAACUCAAAUAAAAAAGGGACUAUGAAUACUUUGUGGGAUAUUGCAUAUGAAAGUGUGUGCUCAGUCUUGAAUUGGCUACCAAAACAAAAUCCAAAAUAUUUAGAUUCCCUAACUUCUUUCUGUUGAGUAUAUGAACACUGGGGUGUGUGCUCAGUCUUUGCUAACGAAACAAUCUCUAAAUUAUUUAGGACACCAAACAUCUUUUAUUCACUGUUUAGGCUACCAUAAUUUGAGUUCUCAUCUGCCAUACAGCUAGUAAACAAAUGUAUUGAUGGGACAGAAUUGUCCACAGCUGCAAUUGGGAGGUGAUUUAGAUCAUUUCUACAUUUUUUCACUGCCCUGUUUUAUCUGGUCAUUGACUAAACACUUUGCUUAUUAGGUAUGCAUGUACUUUAGUUUGUAAAAACAUGGUGUUAUGUUGAUUAUAUGUGUUGUAUGUUGACCAUAUCAAUCAUGAAUAUUGUAGCAAUUCUUUGGUUUACGACCAUUAUUACCUGGUAACAUUGAGCGGGAAAUGGUAUAAUCAGACAGGCCACAUUUAUCUGACUACUGACUCCAAUAAUUGAACAUUCUCCGGUAUUUCUUGACUGAGUCAUAAAAACACAUGAAAGUUAAAUUUAUGAGCAUGGAAUUUUAUCCUUCACAAAUGGUGCUCCCUUUCAAAAUAAAUAAUUUAAGUGAAUUCCACAAAUGAGUUAUCAUGCUGCUUAAAAGAAGUUGAGACCGACCAAAUUCUUAAAUAUUUCUGUAGUUAAUCUCUUCACCAUGACAACACCUAAACAAUCAGAUGGUUACUACUUUCUUUUGAGUAGUAUGGCUUAUUUAUGGAAAACUUUGGAGAAGAAAAUAGCGAUGUUUUUUUGUUUAGAAAGGGUCAUCAUCUAGAUUGUACCUGUCCAUAUCAUUUCCCCUAUGACGGUGUAUUGGCUGAAUGUUUUCCUGACACUUGGGACCAUGGCAAUGAUGAACGACAGACCAAUAUGGAAGGGGAAAUAUAAAGGCCUAUUUUUGUUGCUGUCUAUUUAUUUGCUUGUUGCUGUUUUCUAUUGUUUCAAAGGAACAUUUUCUCUAUUUUGUCAUACCACUUUUUACCACUUUUGACAAUGUUUCUUCAAGUCAAGGAGUAUCAUGUUCAAAAUUUGUACUUAUUACACAUUUAUUCCAACUUCUGCAUCACAAACAUUGAUUUAUGCGAGUUAAGUAACAAAACCUUCUGCUAUUCAAAUAUCAAUUUGAAAAAUAUUAUGAACAAUUUUCUGUAUUAAGCUGUGUAUCUUGUUCAAUAAAGAUAUUUACUCCUA